AUGUAUCAGUUUGUUUUUCACGUAAAUUUCCGCACUUCUCACGCAAUGUCUCGGAAAAUUCUUCCCUUUGCACAUUCCUUGAGGUGUCUACGGCAUUUCUCAACUAUUGGCAGAGAAAAUCGCCGUGUGGUUGUCACAGGAGUAGGAUGUGUAUCUCCGGUGGGAGUGUCAGUCGACACCGCCUGGACAAAUAUCCUUUCCGGCCAGUGUGGCGUAGUGAAGCUCACAGAUCCCGCUUAUGAGAAGCUCCCAAGUCGUGUGGCAGCUCAAAUACCAAGAGAGGAAUUUGAUCUCUCAAAGGUAUUCACGAAGAGCGAGUUGAAGUCCAUGUCUCCGGCGAUUGUCUACUCUCUAGUCGCUGCCAAAGAAGCUCUAACCAGCUCUCAGUGGACGCCAACUGAGCAGGAGGCGCAGAACCGCACAGGCGUGUCAGUGGGAAUCGGAAUGGUCGAUUUUGUGGACAUUUGCGAGGCAAAUGAUGCCUUGAGGCAGGGCUACAACCGCGUGAGUCCCUUCUUUGUGCCUCGCAUUCUGCCCAACAUGGCCGCAGGGCAGAUCAGCAUAAAGUAUGGUUUCAGAGGCCCAAAUCAUGCUGUCUCCACAGCAUGCGCCACCGGAGCUCACGCCAUUGGGGAUGGCUUUAGAUUCAUACAGAGAAAUGAGGCUGACGUGAUGGUUUGCGGUGCUGGAGAAGCGUCAAUAAGUCCUCUGGCUUUUGCAGGUUUCUGCCGACUUCGAGCUCUCAGCACUGCCUUUAAUGAUGACCCCCAGAGUGCCUCCAGACCAUUUGACGCGAAGAGAGACGGCUUCGUCAUGGGCGAGGGAGCGGCGAUUCUCAUUCUGGAGGAGCUAGAGCACGCCAAGAGCAGAAAUGCCCCAAUUCUGGGCGAAAUCCUGGGCUACGGCUGCUCUGGAGAUGCUUCUCAUCUCACUUCCCCGCGAGAAGACGGCCUGGGCGCUUUUUUGGCCAUGCAGCGCGCUCUCGAGGAUGCCCAACUGCUGCCCGAAGACAUAUCCUACAUAAACGCUCAUGCGACAUCAACUCCAAUCGGAGAUGCCAUCGAGUGCCGGGCGAUCUCUCGUCUCUUUGGCGAUCACGCGUCCAAGCUCGCGGUGUCCUCAACCAAGGGCGCUCAUGGACAUCUCCUAGGAUCCGCCGGAAAUCUCGAGGCGCUCUUCACACUCCUUGCCUGCCGAGAUGGCCAACUUCCGCCCACGAUAAACCUCAGCAGCACUUCUGACGACAUGAAGCACCUCAACUUCGUGGCCAACAGGAGCCAGAGCUGGCCGAGUGUUCGGCGCCGGAUCGCCCUUAAGAAUGCCUUCGGAUUCGGAGGCACAAAUGCGUGCCUGUGCCUGGCCGAGUUCAGAUAG